AUGAGACCCAGCAUGGCCUUCACCCCUCUCUCCCCCUUCUCCCCCAUCUCCCCCCCACUUCUUCACACCCUCUCCCCCACUCUCCCCCUCCAAUCCCCCCAGCUUCCCCUCUCUCCCCACCCUCUCCCCCUCUCUUUCCACCCUCUCUCCCCUCUUUACCCCUCUCCCCCCACCUCUUCCCACCCUCUUCCCCCCUCUUCCCUCCUCUUCCCACCUUCUUUCCCCCCUCUCCCCCCUCCUUCCCCCCCUUCUUUCCACCCCCUUUCCCCCCUUCUCUCCCCUCUCUUCCCACCCUCUUCCCCCCUCUCCCCCUCACUCUCCCCCUCUCACCCCUUUCUCCCCAUCCUCUUCCCCCCUUCUCCCCCCCUUUCUCCCCAUCCUCUUCCCCCCCUCUCCCCCCCUUUCCUCCUCCCCCCUCCCCUCAUGCGCGCAGCAGCGCCCAUGAGUCCCAGCAGAGCAACCGCUCCCAGCAUGACCUUCACCCUGCCACGCCCCUGGCAACUCCUCCCCUUUCCCACCGUCCCCCCCUCUCCAGCGCCCAUGAGUCCCACCAUGACAUACACGAGGAUCACCCGGCAGAGCAGCCUCUCUCACCAUGACCUUCAUCCUUCUUCCCCCCUUCUCUUCCCUCCCCCCUUCCAUGCGUGCAGUGGCAGCGGCGCCCAUGAGUCCCAGCAUGACCUACACGAGGAUCACCCAGCAGAACAACCGCUCCCACGUCACCAUCCUCUUCAACCGCCCCUGCCCUGCCUUCCGCUGCAACGCACGCUUCUGCUCGGUAUAGUCACACUCCCACACCACCCACCCAGUACUGCUGGCUUCCCUCUGCCCCUCCCUGUGCCUGUGCCUCCUUAUGGCGGUUUCAAUUCCUCCCACCCCUCCAUCCCUCCCCCACCCCUCUCCCACCCCUCCCCCACCCUCUCCUGCAAUCCCCCACACCCCCUCCCUCCACUCUCCACACCCCUUCCUCAUGCCUCUCUCCCUCUCCCUCUGUACCUCCCUGUUCGACUGUGCCACCAGCUGAGAGUGCGGGAGAGCGGCAUUAUCGACCAUGCAUUGUGGCGGCAGGUGCGGUGGGGGCGCGAGUACACAGUGGACGUGCUCCCCACGGCGCUCACCCUUCUCCGCUGCUCACCCUCCUCCCGCUCGCCCUCCCUCCCUCUUCACCCCCUUGUUCGACUGUGCCACCAGCUGAGAGUGCGGGAGAGCGGGGUUAUCGACUAUGCGUCCUGGCGGCAGGUGCGGUGGGGGCGAGAGUACACAGUGGACGUGCUCCCCACGGCGCUCACAGGGCGGGUGGUGGUGCGCGUGCGCGAGGACGCGUGUGGUAACCGCACGUUCGUGCAGCAGGGCAACAACACCGUCAUCCGCAUUCGCCAUGACCUGAGUAAUUUCACAGUGGCGCUGCUCGCAGCCGCCAUGCAGCCAGUCAGCCUCACAAGCCUCGCCGACACCUACGGCGACCAGCUCGCCUCCUGGCUCUUCUCCUCCCACCGCCCCCUCGACCUCGUCUUCUACCUCGUGCUCUCCACUCGCAUCCCCUCUGUCGCCCCGCUCACCCCCACUGGGACGAACAUCUCUGAGACUGCUGCUGGGGGUGAUGAAGAGUCGGAUGCGGAAUCGGAUGCGCCUUUGAAUUUUGAGGAUGCGGGGGGAGGGGCGGGGGUGGGAGGCGUGGGAGGAAGGACAGGAGCAGCAGCAGCAGGAGUAGCAGGAGCAGGAGGAGCAGGAGGAGGAGCAGGACGAGUGGGAGGGGUUGGAGGGGUUGGAGGGGUUGGAGGGGUGUCAAGAGCGGCAGUGAGCUCAGGGAAGGCGGGCAGCACAGGCGGUGCAGCAGAGGACGCAGCAGACGGCACGGAUGCGACGAGCUCAGCAUCGUCACUGAAGCAGCGGCUGCUCAACUCCCUCAACGUCACUGGCGGCUACCCUGUGGUGCUCGCCAGGCUGUCAGGCCGGCUGUUCAAGUUCCGAGUGGUGCCAUUCGUGAACCCGGGCAUCAUCACAGUGACAGUGAAGCCCAACACGCUCGUGAGUGUGCAUGGCAACCUCAACCACCGGUCCAACACCGCCGCUAUCAUCUUCGGCACCCACCCCGCCAGCAUGCACCUGUCCCUCCUGCAGCACCCCGACACCUACCGCAGCGGGCUGGGUUCAGGCCCCAUCAUGUGGCCACCGAGCAGCACCGUGCCGGGCAGCACCACCCCUGCUGGCUUCUCCUCACUGCCCUCGCCACCCUCGCUGGCUCGGGGUGGGAGGAGUUGGGGGGAAGAGUGUAAGGGGGAUGCAGGAGUGGGUAUCGAGAAUGUGGAGUCAGAUGGCACAUGGAGCAUUCGGCAGGGCACGAUCGUGGUGAAUGGGACCGAUGGUGCCCGUGUGGAGUGGGUGUGGAGUGGUGAUUCGGGGUGUGGAGUGGUGAGUCGAGGUGUGGAGUGGGUGGAGCGUGUCUCUCCAGCGGCCUUCCUUGCGCGGAUCACCCUGCCCCAGUCAGCACCUCCCCCUGCCGCCCUCUCCGUCUCCCUGCUUCCCGGCGCCGCCACCACCCCCUGGGGCACCACCUCGCUCGCCUCCAACACUAUCCACGUCACCUACGCGCCCUCAGCCACGGCCAGCAUCAUCGCCACCACCAUCAGCGUCACCACGGUGACAGCAGCCGCCCUCUCGGCGCUCUACUCGCUCUCCUCCUCCGCCCUUACCACCCGUGGCCUCCUCCCUCCCAUGCACGGCCGCCUGCCCCUCUCCCCCUCCAGGAACCUACUGCACAUGUUUUUGUCGCUGCAGGUCUUUGCCUUUGCUGCUUCCCUUCUUGAACCCUUCUUUCUCCCCUCCAUUUCCACUCCCCCAAACCCCCUCCAAUCCACCCCCUCCCCCUUUCCCCUUCUCCACACCCCACAGCACAUGUUCUCAUCGCUGCAGGUGUUUGCCUUUGCUGCGUGGUUGCGGGUCGACCUGCCCCUCACCUUCCUGGAAACUGCGCAGCAGCUCUGGUGGGUGCUGCCCCAUGCCCCCCUGCCCUGGGCGCAUGAUGCACCUGUGUAUGGGGAGGAGGGGGAGGACGGUGGGGAGGCGGGCGCGGGGGGAGGAGGAGGGGCGGGAGCAGGUGGUAACCCGUCCGCCGCCCCUUCCUCUCCUGCUCUCGCCCCCUCGCACUCCCCUGCUCCCACUUCACCACCUGCUGUCACUGCACCUGCAGGCGUGUCAGCGGGUGCAGUGGCAGCACGGGGUGGGGUGGUGGGAGGGACGGGAUGUGCAGCGCGGCUGCCGCCUGCGGCAGUGGGAGCCGUGGCAGCAGGAGGAGGUGCAGCAACAGGGUUACCGGCGAGAGCAGAAGCAGCAGCAGCAAGCAGUGCGCCUGCUGUGGUGCCUCCGGCUGUAGCAGGGAAGGUGGCUGCUACAGCCACUGCAGCUGCUGCAGCAAGGGCAGCUGCGACGACCAGAGCAGCAGCAGCAGAGGCAGCAGCAGCAGCAGCAGCAGCAGCAGCAGGAAUUACUGGAGGAGCCGCCACGGCUACAGCAGCAGGAGCCACAGGAGCCAAGGCUACCACAGUUGCAGCAAGGCAGUCGACAGGGCCGAAGGGGUUUGGUCCGGUUGCUGCUGCAGCGGAAGCGGUGAUGGGGGAUGCAGAGGGUGGUGUGGAGGAUAGUGGGGCUUCUGCUGUGGAGAGACACCUGAGGGAGAGGAGAGGCGGGGUGAGGAGAGGGGGAGAUGAGAGUGUGGUAGUUGAGGAAAAUGAAGGGGGGAAUGAGGAGGAGAGUGUGGAGAGCGAGGAUGAGAGUGGGGAGGAGAGAGAUGGUAAUGAGGAGAGAGGGGAGGAAAGGGAGGAAGGGAGCGAGGAGAGUGAGGAGAGCGAGGAGGACAGUGAGGAGAGUGAGGAGGAUAAUGUGGAGAGUGAGGAGGGUGGAAGAAAGGAUGGUGAAUGGGAGGAAGGGAGAGGGUGGGGCAGCAGGAAGAGUGGAGUGGAGAGGGGCGAGAGGGGAGUGGAGAGGGGCGAGAGGGGAGUGGAGAGGGGCGAGAGGGGAGUGGAGAGGGGCGAGAGGGGAGUGCAGGGCCUGGCUAGUGUGAAGUGGAAGAGGAGGGGGACGACGAGGGGGAGAGGAAGGUGGUUGCGAGAGAGAGUCGGUGCAUGGGGGGAGAGUAUGGGAGGGGUGUUGCGUGAUUUGGGAGGGGUGUUGCGUGAUUUGGGAGGGGUGUUGCGUGAUUUGGGAGGGGAGGAAGCAGCACUAGGGAAGGUCGUGCACAGGUGGGUGUGGGGAGGGAUAAGAUGGGGUGUUGGGAAGGGAGGGCCUAUGGCUAGUCGAGGGGCAGAGGAGGAGGAUAACAGGGCAGGUGGGGUGCAGCACAAGCGCAGCGGUGGUGGUGGUGGCGGCGUUGGUGAUGGUGGUGAGAGUGAUGGCGACGCUGCCAUGCAACCAUUCCAAGGGCAGACCAGCCCGAGCCGCACGGGGAGUGAAGAGGGCAGCCAAGGCAGCACAGGUGGCGCCGGCAGCACAGCCGGGCACCCCAGCCACACAGACAAGCACAGGGAUGAUUCCUCGAGGUCCAUGAAGCGGGAGAGGCUGCCCUGGCCCAUGCGCCGCCUCCUUGUCUUCUCCGCUCAACCCCCUAACCCCUCUCACUCUCCUAACACUGCUAACCCCCCUAAUCCCUCUAACCCAUCUGAUCCCUCUACCCCAUCUGACCCCUCUAACCCCAUCAACAUCGCAUGUGGAACUCUCUUCUGGUCCGCCCUGCUCCUCGCCUGCACGCUCCUCCUCCACGCCCUGCUUUACCUCCUCCUCUUCCUCUCCUCCCGCGCCGCCAAAGCCGCCUCUGCAUCAUCAUCAUCAGCAACAGCAGGAUUGGGAAUGCGGAAGCUCCCAGCAGGAUGGGAAGCAGCAGCAGGAGGAGGAGGGGGAAGGGGAGGGGAGUCACCGGGAGGAGUAGGGUGGGGAGGGGGAGCAGCAGGCGGGGAGGCGGGGGUGCACAUGCCGUGGGAGGUUGGUCAUCUGCUCAGCUGGCCUCGCCCGCUGCUCUUCAUGCUGCUGCUCUGCCUGCCCGCCCUCUGCCACGCCCUCACUCUGCUCUGCGCUGGUCAGUCCGCUUCCAUCUCGCCUCACCAGCUCUGCUGCCCUGCUUGCCUCUCUCUUCCUUCUGUUGCACUGCCUGCCUACAUCCAUGCCACAUGUUGA